AUGAAGUUCAUUCUCGCCGUCCUCGCCAUCGCCGCCGCCGCUUCUGCUUCCCCGACUGGAACUCCUCCCGUGGACAACCCCGUGAUAACUCUUUUUCCCGUGGACGACCCCGUGACGACUCUUGAAUCGUCCGUUGCCACCCACGUUCCCACUCCGACCCCCAAGCACGAUUCUUGCACUCGUGUUUGCGCCCCCCAGUACGACCCGAUCAGGUGCUCCAACGGCGUCACCUACAACAACACCUGCGAGUUCGAACACUGGCCGGCCAACGGCAUCUGCCUUGCCAAGUAUAAUCAGAUGGACCACGAGGCGCGGGGUAACCCACGGACAAGUGAGUCAUUCUAUUGCGACAAGGUCGAGAAGUAG